AUGUCAACAGAAAUUCAAACUGUACCAGAUUUGAGAGUAAAAUUUAGCAGAGAGGUUCCAGAUCAAUGUGAAAUAGAGACGUUGGACGAAGGAAACCAACACUCUGUUCCAGACUUACAACAAACUGAAAAAAACAACCAGAAGAACCUCCCAGCUGUGAAAAGAAACUGUUUCAGAGUUUUCAACGUGUUCCUGGGAGUGUUUAAUCUCCUUGUUCUGGUUGGAGUCAUCAUACGCUGUAUCACUUUGAACAAAGACCAACUGCAGAGGGAACACAACCGACAGAAUACCAGUUACAGUCAGCUGCAGGUCAAAUACAACCAACUGAUCAACACUUAUAAUCAGCUCAAAAAUGAACUUGAUGGAGAGUGUCAUGAUGGAUGGAGAAGAUUUGGAUCCAGUUUUUACAGAAAAUUCACAGAGAGUAAAACUUGGUCUGAGAGCAGGAGGGAGUGUGAGAAAAGAGGAGCUGAUCUGGUGAUCAUAAACAGCAAAGAGGAGCAGUUGGAAAUGUCAUCAGGAUACUGA